UUUUGAACCCGAAUUAAUGUGCGUGUGUGAAGGACGGAAACCUUGGUCAAAGCUGUGCGAAAUUUGCAAUUUUUUGGUGCGAAAUAUGCCAUUGAAUGGCUAAAAGUGUCUGAAUUAGAGUGUUGAAAUCAUCCGCAAGCAGUGCAACAUGGAAACGGUUCGCGUUUUUAAUCAGGAGCUCUCGGGGCUGUAUGAGGCCAAGCCGCCGAUCUCCAAGGCCAAGAUGGCCUCGAUUACCCGGAGUGCGAUGAAGGCCAUCAAGUUCUACAAACACGUCGUGCAGAGUGUGGAAAAGUUCAUCUCCAAGUGCAAGUCGGAAUACAAAAUACCGGGUCUGUACGUGAUCGACUCGAUCGUGCGACAGUCGCGGCAUCAAUUCGGCCCGGAAAAGGAUGUGUUUGCGCCCCGGUUUGCUCGGAACAUGGAGCAAACGUUUGCGCACCUGUUCCGCUGUCCCCCGGAAGAUAAGAGCAAAAUCAUCCGCGUGCUGAACUUGUGGCAGAAGAACAUGGUGUUUGCGCCGGAAGUGAUUCAACCCCUGUUCGAUUUGGCCAAUCCGGAGCACCCCUUGCACCAGCAGUACAAUGCAUCGCAGGCGGCGGCUGCCGCUGGGGGUGGUGCUGCCGACGCGUCCGGUGGCUCCAACGGAAUGAAUACCUCAGCUCUGUCGCAUGAUUCCCCGGGACCAAUGUCCCAUGACGAUAUGGGUAGUGCGUCGCAACCGUCGGAGGCAAAGGGUCUCGAUCCCAACACCAUUCGGCAGUUGCAACAGUUCCAACAACUUCUGUUACGUCAAACUAGCGGAGGUGAAGCGCACGGAUCCGGAAAAGAUCAAGUCAAAUUCAACAAAAAGCUGCUGGACUUUGACUACGGCAGCGAAGAAGACGAUGACAAGAACUCCCCAUCGGUUCCCUCGACGUCGCUACCGGACGGGAACAACAUUGCCCAGAUUUUGUCGGAUCCAAACGUGCUGAAGCAGCUGCAGAAUCUGCAAAAGUUGAAACAGCAUGAAAUGGAGGAGAAGCAAACGAAACUGACCGAGAUGAGACUGCAGGAGGAGAAGUUCGAGAAGCAUCUGGCCAGUGUACUAAAGGUGGCUAGCAAUAUUCAUACUGCCGAUCACAAGCAGCUUAUGAACAAACUUCCGUUUGCCAACGAGUGUGACCUGAGCCGCCAGCCGACGAUCGAUCUCAGCGGAGGUCUAUCGUCCUCUAAAGAUGCUGAUGCUGAUGACAUAGUUACUGAGGUCAUCAGCGACACACACAGUUCGUCCCCACGAAGCACGGCAGCGGACCAAUACAACAAGUCUUCGUCGUCUUCCCGCCGCCGGAAGAGCCGUUCCCGUUCCCGAGAUCGGCGUGACAGAGACCGUAACCGUAGGCGUUCCCGUUCGAGGUCGCGCAGCCGAUCGCAUUCGCGAGGACGUGGCCGCGGAGGACGUGAAUCAACUCGAGACCGCGAACGGGAUCGCGCCAGUCAGAAGGAUAAGGAACGUGACAAGGAGCGCGAGAGGGAGCGCAAGAAGCGAGGACUGCCGGAGAUCAAAAAGGAACAGCUCAGUGUUUGUAGUACGACUCUCUGGGUUGGCCACCUGUCGAAGCUGGUCCAACAGGAGGAACUGUCCGACACGUUCGGCAAGUAUGGUGACAUUGUUAGCAUCGACUUGAUUCCACCACGUGGGUGUGCAUUUAUCGUGAUGAACCGUCGCCAGGAUGCGUACAAGAGUAUGCAGAGCCUUAAAAAUCACAAGAUGCAUGGCCGGACCAUUACCAUUUCUUGGGCCACAGGGAAAGGUGUCAAAGGCAAGGAAUGGAAAGAUUACUGGGACAUUGAUUUAGGUUGCAGCUACAUUCCGUGGAACAAAUUGGAUCAAAAUACCGACUUGGAGAGCUUGGAGGAGGGAGGCAUGUUGGAUGAUGAAACGAUGCCACAAUGGAUGAAGGACAAGAUUGCGAAUGCUUCCAAAAAGAAGGAAGGAGAUCAAACCAGUUUAAGCGGCAAUCCAUUGUACGCAGUAGACACUAGCCAACCACCACCUACAGCCGCCAUUAUGGCCGGGAUGACGAGCAUGCCGGCGUUUACGAUGGGCGCAGUUAGUGCCGUUCCACGACUGCCCAUUAUGGGACUUCCGAUUGUCCCUGGCAUCGGAAUUAACGUCCCUCCUCCGAACCUGAUGAUGGCAUCAGGUAUGAGCAACCCACCGCCGCUUCCGAUGGGCGCUGGUUUCGGUGUAUUGCCGCCGCCUCCGCCGUCCCAAGUGGCACCUCCGCAUAUGCAGAGUGGCGGAGAUGAAAUGGAUAUUGAAAUGGAAGACGAGGGCUCCAACCAAAGUCACGGUCAUCAACCUGUCGGAAUGCCGCCCGUCGGGCCACCCCCAGGAAAUGCGGCUUUCUUUAAUCAACCGCCGCCCCCGCUAAUGCCGCCAAAUGCAAUGCCGUUCAAUAGAAACCAGCCGGAUAAUAAUGGCGGUGAUCGCGCCGGAUUUAAUCGGAAUGACAAUCCACACGAUCAGGAUCGCAGGAACCGAGGAGAUUUUGAUCGACGGGGAGGAGGAAGAGAUCGGGACCGUGCAGGUCGUGAUGAUCGCAGUGAUCGUGGAGGAGAUCGUGGUCGCGAAGAUCGUGGCCGUGAUGAUCGUGGUAGAAGGAACUUCAGGGAUAAUGAAGGCGGUGAAAGGAAUGAACGGCCAAGCCGUUGGGGAAGCAAUGACCGGAACAACUUUGGAAAUCGUGGAGGCAAUGAUGGCGGCCGCGACGAUAGACCCUUGUCCGAGAGACUGCGCGAGUUGGCCGGAGCGGACUUUAGCCAGCAGCAGCAGCAGCGUGGUGGAGAAGGCAACGAUGGGCAACAGCAAUUUGGUGGUGGAAGGAACUUUAGGGGCGGUCGUAAUAACAUGAAUGAUGGUCGUAAUAAUAUGAACGACGGUCGUAAUAACAUGAACGACGGUGAAGACUUUAACAAUCGCGGAGGUAACGAUUUCGGCGGUCGUGGCAAUUUCCAGCAAGGAGGUCGUUUCAAUAAUAAUAAUAAUCAACGAGGUGGUGGACGAUUCAAUAAUCGUGGAGGUGGAUUCAUGCAAAAUCGAGGCGGCCCUGAUGGCGAUAAUAUGCAAGCCAUGAACAUCAUGUCGCUACUCAACAUCGAUCCGUUCUUUGGCGGUAACAACAACAACAACAACAAUGAUCAAGGUGGUGGUGGGGAUGACGAUCAACAACAGCAGCAGCAGCGCUUUUUCGACCGUGGCAACGAUGGUGGUAAUUUCAAUAAUCGUCGUCAGAACAACUGGAACGAAGGUAUGGAUCGUGGCGGAAACCGUGGUAACCGCGGUGGUCGUGGCAAUUGGAGGGAUAAUAAUGAGGAGGGCGAUGGAGGACGCUUCGGGAACAGACGCAAUGAUCAAAGAAAUCCGAGAAACAAUGAUUUCGGAGGUAACCAGGAUGAUCAUCAUCAGCAACAGCAACAGCAGCAGCAGCAGCAGCAGCAACAACAACCACCGCAACAGAAUCGCAAUGAACAAGCACAAAAUAAGCAAGGAUUGCGGUGGGAUGAAAAUGAUGAAAACUGGGAUGACGAGGUUCCUGUGGUUCAGAAGCGUAAUGUUGAUCCACCAAAAGAAAACAGACAGGAGCCGCAGCAUGAGCAACACCAGGACCAACACCAGGAGCAACACCAAGAGCAACAGCAGGUGCCCCAAAAGGAACAUGGCAAUGAAUCACACGGGAAUGAUAAUAGUGGUCAAAAGAGUAAUCCGUCCGAAUCACGUAUUGAUGAAGGUGGAGAAUGGGAUGAGCCACGAGAAGAACGGAACGAAGGUGGCAAAAAGCAUGGCGGUGGUGGAACCCCACUGUUCGAUGAAACGCAUUCCGGUGAACAGCAAAAUCCACCACCGCAGCAUCACUCACCGGAACACCGACUGCAAGACCAGCAACUGGAAACUAUGCGGAAUCCAAGUCCUCCUCCAGUUGUUCGGGAACCAGAACCGGAACCAAGACAGCCCUCACCGGAACCACAAAGGCCACAAUUGUAUUCGCCGUCUCCACCACCGGCAGCGGUUAAUGCCCCAGAGCCCGUCUAUGAAGCCCCUGCUCCGAAUCCUGAACCCGCACCAGAACCAGCAGCUCCAGUUUCGGAGCCUCCACCCCAAAUGGAAGCCCCUUCGAAUGCUGAUCCUGUCGCUCCCGCAGUAGAAGAUUCAGUCCCUCCUUCCGAGGAUGCUUAAAUACGUGCACUACAAUUCAGUGCAUCUAAAAAAUAUCAAUUUUCAGUAGGUUUUACUAAAAAACCUAUAUUUUUUUUAGAUAAAAAUAAGUUAUGAAAUGCGAUUAGGUUUAAAUUACAAAAACGAAGAAGAGAAUUUGUUUUCCAAUUGGUUUGUCUUAGGUAGAAGGCAUGUAUCCGAUCGCAGUUUUUAGGUUUUUCAAAUCACAAUUUUAAUAUAUUCAAACUCGAAUCUUAA